AAGGUACUGCUACCGUGUUGCUGUACGCCGCUUGCUCUCUCUACAAUUCUAGUUACUGUCCAGAACUUUUCCUUCUCCAGGUCUGAGACGACGAGCGCUGAAAGAGAACAUCAAUGGCUUGCUCUGGUUUUGUGUGGUUGAUGCUUCUUUUCGCUUUAGUGGCUGGUUCGGCUUUUGCUCAAGCCCCGGGCGGGGCGCCGACAGGUUCUCCGACCAAGUCCCCGCCGGCUUCUUCUCCUAAAGCUGCUCCUCCUCCGGCUCACAUCUCGACCCCUACUCCUUCUCCCACUCCCACUAUGUCUCCACCGGCCUCAGCUCCCGCUCCGACCUCCGCUGCCACGCCGCCCACCGGUGCUCCGUCCAGCUCGCCUCCAGCUCCUCCCACAUCAACUCCUACUAGCGCUCCGGGCUCGGGCACCUCGAUAAGCUCACCGCCGUCGUCCGAGUCACCAGCCGGCUCUCCUGGCAAUGGCGCAGCCUUGAACACAGUCUCCGUCACAGGAUCUGUAGCUUCGGUCAUCUUAGCUGCAACUUUGUUGAUGUAGAUCCGAUCGGAGCCAUGUCUCUCUCCGUAGUCCCAGAUUUGCUAGGGUUUGGUCUCAGUACUAGUUUUUUUUUUUUUUUUUUUUAUCCUUUAUAAUCUCUAUAUUUUAUGGAGUUCCUUUUUAUUUUAUUGUACUUUAAAUUUAUCAGGAGAUAGUGAUGCUUGAUUAUUGUUGUUAUUAUUAUUA